AUGAAUGGAUUACGUAUUAGUAAACGGAGCUACUCGCAACUCGUUGAGAGAUGUCCAGCACCGGGGUACGAUACGGGCUGCACUUUCUGCGAGAUUCCUAAAUUCCCCAGUGAUAAACCGAUUGACUAUGCCAAAAAUCUCAACGGGACUAAAGUAUUGCCAUGGAAGCACGCUUUAAUAUUCUCGCAUGGAUUUGAAGACUUCAAUAAGAUGCCAUCUAAGAUUGAGCUAGUACCCGGGUCAUUAAGUGGAGAAAUUAACUUGUUGAAAAAAAAAUUAGUCUCAGCGUAUCAUCCAAUCAUGGUAUCGAAUGCCCAGAGUAAAUAUAGCGAGAUUAGUGAUCUUCAACCAAAUGAACAAUUAGUUUAUUUAUAUCCCGAUAAUAAGAAAAUACGGUUUGGCCUUAAAGAUACUAAAGAGUUCAUUAAGAAAUAUUUGAGGCCUUCGCAGGAAGAAAUGUCCCAUCAAGAACCAGUAUAUAAUCCAUUUGCCCAACCGGAACCCCAACUCGAUUUGGAAGAACAGCAACCCGCCAAUUUCAGUGAAAUAGAUAUCGAUAAAGAUCUCAUUUUAAUAUGCGGGCAUCUGGCCAGAGACGUGAGAUGUGGACUCAUGGCUCCGUUGUUAAUAGAGGAAUUUGAAAAAGUCUUAGAUAAAGAGGAAUUAACCUCAAAAAUCGACAUUGGACUAGUAAGCCAUAUUGGUGGACACGCUUAUGCAGGCAAUGUAAUCUAUUUCCCAAAGGAUAAAUCACGAAAAGCUAUUUGGUAUGGUCGGGUAUUCCCCCAACUGGUUCAAGGAAUAGUGAAGGAAACCAUUAUCAAUGGUAAUAUCAUUAAGGAAUUAUACCGAGGAGACUUAUAA